GUUUGAAGUCUGUUUAGAUGAGUUUCCGCAGGGACAGUCCGUAGCCGGAUAGUAGCCCAGAAAGACAUACUGAGAGGGAAACUGCAGGUAAAGUGACAUCCAGGUGUGUGAGCAUGACCGAGGAGCAUUACCUGGAGCUGAGUGAGAAUCCGGUUCAGUUUGAAAAUGCCUCUAGCGUCAAUAACGUCUUCUUCGAUGAAGCCAACAAGCAGGUGUUUGCAGUGCGUUCAGGUGGAGCCACAGGUGUGGUGGUCAAAGGCCCAGAUGACAAGAGCAGCGUUGCCUUCAGGAUGGAUGAUAAAGGAGAGGUGAAAUGCAUCAAGUUUUCUAUUGGAAAUAAGAUCCUGGCUGUACAGAGAACCCCAAAGUCUGUGGACUUCAUCAACUUCAUUCCUGACUAUCCGCACACAGAGUUCACACAGGAAUGUAAGACGAAGAACGCAAAUGUUUUGGGUUUCUGUUGGACCAACUGGAACGAAAUUGUCUUCAUAACCGACCAGGGAAUAGAGUUUUACCAGGUGUUUCCAGACAAGCGCAGUCUGAAGCUGCUGAAGAGUCAGAGUAUCAAUGUGAACUGGUACCAGUACUGUCCGGAGACGGCCGUCAUCCUGCUGUCCACCACCGUGCAGGGCAACAUCCUGCAGCCCUUCGCCUUCAGAAAUGGGACCAUGUCCAAGAUGACCAAGUUUGAGAUCGAGCUGCCAGUCGUCCCCAAACCCGCCAAACUCAGCCUGUCUGAAAGAGACAUCGCCAUGGCAACCAUCUACGGUCAGCUGUAUGUGAUGUACCUGAGGCAUCACUCGAGGACAGCUAACAGUCCCAGUGCUGAGGUGGUGUUGUACAACUUACCACGGGAGGGAGCGUGUAAGAAGAGUCACGUGUUAAAGCUGAACAUGACGGGGAAGUUCGCUCUGAACAUUGUGGACAACCUGGUGGUGGUCCAUCACCAGAGCUCGCAGACGUCGUUGAUCUUUGACAUCAAGCUGAAGGAUCCAGACUCAGCUGUCAACACACACCAGCCUGUCCUGCCUGCCAGGUCCAUACACCCCUACAGGAUACCGCUGUCAGGUCCCGCCGUCGUUCCCUCUCAGCCUCCAGUGCCAUGUCAGCUUUACUCUUCCUCCUGGAGCGUCUUCCAGCCCGACAUCAUCAUCAGUGCCAGUGAAGGUUACCUGUGGUACCUGCAGGUGAAGUUGCCUCCAACAGUCAACCUGCUGCAAGAUAAAGGAAAACUGAUGGACUUCCUGUUACGGCGGAGAGACUGCAAGAUGGUCAUCCUGUCUGUGUGCUCACAGAUUUUGGAGGGCGGUGAAAGGGGCAAUCUCCCUGUCGUGGCGACGGUCUUCGACAAACUGAACCAGGUUUACAAAGAAUACCUGGAGGCAGAGCAGAGCUACACGGUGGCGGUGGAGUCCGGUCCAAGUCGAGGCAGCGGCGCCCAGAAGCGUCCAGUCAGGACCCAAGCGGUCAUUGACCAGUCGGAUAUGUACACACAUGUCCUUUCAUCGUUCACAGAGAAGAGGGGCGUCUCCCAUAAAUUCAUCAUUGCGGUGUUGAUGGAGUACAUCCGCUCUCUGAACCAGAACCAGAUCACCGUGCAGCAUUAUCUGUACGAGCUGGUGAUCAAGACGCUGGUGCAGCACAACCUGUUCUACAUGCUGCACCAGUUCCUGCAGUAUCACGUCCUGAGUGACUCCAAACCACUGGCCUGUUUGCUUCUGUCCCUGGAGAGCACAUAUCCUCCUGCACACCAGCUGUCUCUGGACAUGCUGAAGCGUCUAUCAACGGCCAACGACGAGAUCGUGGAGGUUCUGCUGUCGAAGCAGCAGGUUCUCGGCGCGCUCAGAUUCAUCCGCAGUGUCGGUGGCCACGACAACGUGUCGGCACGGAAGUUUCUGGAUGCUGCGCGUCAGACCGGAGACCAGAUGCUGUUCUACACCGUGUUCAGGUCGUUUCAGCAGAGGAACCAGCGGCUCAGAGGAAGCCCCGCCUUCAACCCUGGAGAGCACUGUGAGGAGCAUGUUGUCCACUUCAAGCAGCUGUUUGGGGAGCAGGCACUGAUGAAACCCUCCACCGUGUGAACCUCCAAUAAGACAACAUUCAGGACCCACGUUUCCCUGUUUUUGUGCAUGUCGUCAUCCUGGUUCCAGAAGCUACAACGUGCACCAAAAAACUUGGGACAUAACUUGGCAUGCUUCUCCUUUAAAUCAGACCUGUGAAUCAAGCAGCUCUUUGACUUGUAUUUAAUCGCUGCGAUUUUAACUCACAUCAGCUCUGCUUCCAUCCAGUGAUCGGUAACCAGGAUACUUGCACGACAAACAUAUUAAGACUCAGUACUUGCUGCACAAUAAAUCUAUUGUAUUGAUUUUGUAAAAUAAAGUCAAUGUGUUAAAUGAUUUUAAUAAAU